GGAAUGAGUUGAAUUACUUGAAAGACAAGAAGAAGAAGAAGAACAAUAACAAAGCAACUCAGAGUUCGAGUUCAUAUAAAUUCACUUCAAACACUUUUUUCUUUUAUUAAUCCAAACGACGGAGAAAUCCCACCCACUGUUCUUCCAAAUCCUGGCCAAUUAGAAAAGAAUCCUCUGGGCUCUCUUUGCUUUUCGCGAAUCUUCCUUUUAGAGCUCUCUUUGAUAUAUAACUUUCCGAAAAGGGUAUUGGGUUUCUUGUAGCGAUUGAAAAUUCCCCUGUUUUUGAGAGAAGAACGCAUCAUCGAAUCAAACCAUUUGGGAAGAUGGUUCAGAGAAUUGUGGCGAACAAAUUUGGAGUUCAAAGUGGUGUUAAAGGGGAGAGGAGAGUUGCGAGCUUCAAAACUAGUUCUUCUUUUUGUUCUUCUGGUUCUUCCGCUCAAAACCCAGAUGGCAAAAACAGAGUAGUUGAUUUGAAGAAGAAGAUGAAGAAAUCACGAGCUAUCCAGCUUUCGGAUUUGGAUAUCAGCUUAACAUCAUCGCCGAUUAGAAAGAACAUAUCUCUGCCUGGUAAACCGCCACCGAUUUGUUCGAAUGUUUCGGAAAUCAAGCAGAAACAGAAUCAGAAUCAGAAUCAGCCAUCCAUGAUUAGAACCAGCGAUGGUUCGCCGAAUUACAUGAAAUCCACGAGCUGUUUUGAUGCAAGGAAAGAGGUUUCUCAGGUGAGUUCUCGAAUUUGUAGUGAUAUUAAGAAACCCAGAAGGAGGAGUUUAGAGAAUUCUGCUCAUGGCUCUGUUACUGGCCUUAAGCCUACAAGGUGUUUGACAAAAUGCUCCAGUGAAAAACUGGUUAGGACUUUGACAAAGACGCCUAGUUUUAAGAAGUCCUCGAGGGUGGCUCUGUGUGCAGAUAUGAAUUCUCAUAGAGCUACCUGUUCUUCCACUCUUAAAGACUCUAAGUUUCCAGCAUACCUCAUGCUGAGCCAUGGGGCUACUGAGUCUGAAGGAACUUCAACCAUGAAAGUUUGUCCUUACACUUACUGCUCGCUUAAUGGCCAUAGACAUGCUCCGGUGCCUCCAUUGAAGUGUUUCUUGUCUGCAAGGAGACGUUUGUUGAAGACCCAGAAGAAUUUAAAAGUUGAGCCAUCUGGUUGUGGAGUGAAAAGGGUUGAUAAUGCUGGUGGGGAAGUGCUAGAUGAAGAUAUGAUCCCGGAAGUUUUGGUAAACGAUGGUGGGUUGGAUUUUUUCAUUGAAAUUUUUUCUGAAAAUAAGGUUGAGGGUGCUGGAUCAGUCAAUAGGGUAAUGAAUGAAGAUUGUGCUGGUGUUUCAUGUUAUGACGUGCGUGAUGAAGCGGAGUUGAAUGGUGAAGGAGACAGUGAACCGGUCGUAGAGAACAUCUCCGAUGGAUCCAUGGACUCUGAGGUUGGUUUAGGUGAAGAUAGUGCUGGAUCAGUCAAUCUACAUAGCGUAAUGGACGGAGAUUGUGCUGGUGUUUCAUCUUAUAACGUGCGCGAUGAAGCGGAGUUGAAUGAUGAAGGAGAUAGCAAACCGGUCGUAGAGAGCAUCUACGAUGGAUCCAUGGACUCUGAGGUUGGUUUAGGUGAAGAUGGUGCUGGAUCAGUUAAUCUAGAUAGCGUAAUGAAUGGAGAUUGUGCUGGUGUUUCGUCUUGUAACGUGCGCGAUGAAGCGGAGUUGAAUGAUGAGGGAGAUAACAAACCGGUCGUAGAGAACAUCUCUGAUGGAUCCAUGGACUCUGAGGUAACCGAAGGAAUCUUCUUCCAUGGUGAUGAGUAUGAGGACAAUACCAGUUCGACCGAUACCGAUAUGGAAGAGUGGGAGGAGCAACAGUUCUUGAGCAUGGAAAGUGAUGGUUUGGAUGAGCUUGAAGAUCAAUCAGAAGAGACUCAUUUGCAGAAUGGAGAACUUGCUGGAUUUGGAACAGAGAAACAGCUCCCGGACAAUGAUCUCGUCUUACAAGAGGAAUUACUCGAUGCCGAUAUCGAUACGGAUACCGAUACUAAUACCGAUAAUCAAAUAGACAGCCAAGAAAAGCUUGAUGAUUCAAACCAUGGAGAUGAGGCUGAAAAUUCUGUUCAAGAAAAUUCUAACCAAUCUCUAGAAGCUCACUUGUCUGAUGAACAAUGCCAAGAUAUCUCUGUCACUGAAACAUCAGCAGUCCUGGAAAUCACAGGUAAUGAGGAGCUUAGUGAUUUGAAGAUGCAAGAAACUUCUUCGAACGAUAACAGCAUCGUGCCAGUCGACAUCGUGGAAGGUAAAGAAGCAGCAAAGUUAUCCCGCACCGCAGUCGACUCGAGCCAAGAACUUGAUCUUUGGAGCAAGAACUGGGAAGUGAAUCCAAGAAGCAAAAGGGUAGGAGAAGAAUCAGAAGAUCCAAGGAGCUUCAAUCCACGAGAACCCAAUUACUUGCCAUUGGUGGCAGACCCGGAAGCAGAGAAGGUAGAUCUCAAGCAUCAGCUGAUAGAUGACAGGAAAAAUGCAGAAGAAUGGAUGGUUGAUUACGCGCUCCGACGAACCGUCACGAAACUCGCCCCAGCUAAAAAGAAGAAGGUGGCGCUGCUCGUCGAGGCUUUCGAGUCAGUCAUGCCGACAACAUCGAGAUACGAAUUCCAUGUUCGGAAUCAUGCUUCUCGAGCUUUUACUCCGGCCAAACGCAUUCAAGCUUGUUUUUGAUGGUAGCAGUAGAGGUAAACCUCCAAACUCCAUCUUACAAAGUUCAUUCAACUUGGUUGUAGUGUUGAACUUGGUUGUAUGUUUAGGAUGUUAGAGAAGCUAGAUGAACUAAUUUUGAGGUCUAAUAGGAGUGUGACGAUACUAAACCGUGUUAGAACGACAUCUAAGUACAGUUGAAGGAGAACUCGGUCAUUCAACUUUAGCUAGCUAAAGAAGGAACGAAUCAUGUCACUCGACGUUAUGACGUCGUGGCAGGGAGAUUAUCUGUGCUUCCAUGCAUCCCUGUUGAUGAACUACUAGGUUUGGGAGUUUGUCAUUGUGUGUCUCCUAAAUGCAUCUUCAUUCAUAGGAUGUAAUUUGUGUGUGGUUGUGAUGAAGGUGUACAAUCAAAACCUAUGCUAAUCUCAUGAACUUUCUUUUAAUCA